AUGCUAGCGGUGGUGCUCCCAAUAGCUGUGGCUGACCCGGUGGCUCCUGCUGCCCUGAAGCGGCCCUCCGCCUAUGUCUCUCCAACGCGGUAUACGCGCCAGUCGCACACGCCAACGACUCACUUCUUCGCGUCGCACUGGUACGCCCCAUUUGUGCUGCUUUUGCUCGUCUCCAUAAUCUUGAUGGUACUACUCUGGUGUACAAUACAUGUGUACUUCCAUGAACGGGAGCAAAAGACGCGCCGCGAGGAGUGGCAGCGUAUGCCUGGCACAAGCCAAGAAGGAACGGAGGUGCCGUUAUUUACGGUCUCAUUUUUAAACGGGGAAUCCAGUGGGUCGUUGGACUAUAGCAUGUAG